AUGGAGAAAAAUUCUAAAAUGGAGACUGGACUACUUGGCAUGGAUAAUAAUAAAGUAUCCAUGUCGACAAAAUUGGCUUAUGCCUUGGGACAUAUUUUCAACGAUCUGACGGCAGCCAUGUGGUUCUCUUAUACUUUAAUAUACCUACAAAAGGUUUCUCUCUUGGAACCAAUAAUGGCUGGCACAUUGUUGUUGUUAGGUCAAAUCGUGGAUGCUUUCACAACGCCAAUCUUUGGCUUUCUCGUCGAUCGUUACUGCAAGAAAAAAAUAUGGCACGUGAUCGGCUCCGUUUUGGUCACCCUAAGUUUCCCAAUUAUUUUUGGAGGUUUCGCUAAUACCUCCAACUCUAUCGUCAUGUUCUUUUAUAUACUGAGCAUCGUAAUCUUCCAGAUUGGCUGGGCAGCCGUACAGAUCUCGCAUUUGUCUAUGAUCCCGUCGUUAACAAGCUCGUUACUCGGUCGAACCGAAUUAACAGCUAUAAGGUAUUCAGCACAGGUGAGCUCGGCGGUAGUAGUUUUCGUUGUCACAUGGAUCGUUCUUCCCACAAAUGGCGAAUCGAUGGUGCUACUCGAUCAACACGACGACUACAAAUUCAGAAACAUAGUGAUCGUUGUAACGGCAUUCGGUUUGACUGCGACCACUCUCUUUCACAUUCUCCUGAAAGGAAAUCUUUUGGAAAAUAGGAGUCAAUCACAAGCCAAAACGAAUCCCGACGAAUCUAGUUGGCUCUUAGACGGUUUUUCAAGUCCAAGAAGAUCCUGGUUUGGUACAUCGAUAUUAUUAAGAGUGGCCAUGUUGUAUGUUGCAAGCAGAUUAUUUAUAACCCUUGCUACUGUUUACUUACCACUUUAUAUCGAGGAAACGGCAGUUGGUGGUAAACAAGCGUUGGCUACGGUACCAUUGGUAUCUUACUUAUCUUCCUUCAUAGCCGCAUUGUUGUUGAAAUACAUGAACAGAUCUUGCGGAACAAAGAUAUGUUACCUUUGCGGAGCUCUCAUAGGUAUUCUUUCGGCAGCCAUCACAGAAUUUGGCGGGAGCCACGGAGUCGUUACGUAUACAAUAGCCAUUCUUAUUGGUGCAGGCAGUUCGAUAACCAUGGUAACGGCUUUAAGUGUUACAGCCGAAAUUAUUGGUCCUCGAACUGAAAAAAGUGCAUUCGUUUAUUCGAUCGUAACGUUUCUUGAUAAAGUCGUUACGGGAUUGGUCGUAGUACUUAUUGAAAGAUGGUAA